AUGAUAACCAAUGUCUCUAUUUUCAGAGUUUUCUAUGUAAGAAUAAGCAAGUUUGAGUUCGAUGAUGCUUCAAGUUCAACACCCAAAUACCUUACUCUCAACCAUGUCCCAUUGAAUCCCAACACACUACGUGAAGCCGGCACCGAUCCCGACAGCAGAUCGAUCAUUCUCCGAAGGGUUUGGGUCAAUAAAAGAUCCGAAGAAGCCAUUUUCGUGAGCACGGAUAGCAUAAGGCUGACAAGGAGUGUAAAGUUUGAGGUUUUCGAUAAGGAUACUAUUUUGCUACAUGGGGUUUUAGAGUUCAACAGUUACACUAAAGGUUCAAGAGAAAGUGGCCAGAAAUGGAGCAUGGAUUGUAAAAAUGUUAUGGCCAAACAAAUUCUCAGACAUGAUUCAGAUUCACCCACGGUUGAGGUUCAUGUUGCAGGGUCUUUCAUGGGGAGUCCAAUUAUAUUAACUCAGAUUUUACGGCCUAGUUUACGGAUGAAACAAAUGGAGGCUAUUUCAAUGCCAGAUUCGAUACCCGAGUAUGAGCAUCCAUGGGUGAAGUGUUUUGAAGACGAAGAUGGGAAAGAGCUCUCAUUGUUCAAUGCUGGUGUGAAGGUUGGUUUGGGAAUUGGGUUUAGCAUCUGUGUUGGAAUUGGGAUAAGCCUUGGUUUGCUAGUCCGUACCUUCCAAGGCACCACUAUCCCUAACUUCCAAAGGCGAUUUUGA